UCAUAUUCAAAGUUAAUGGACAGCAAAAUAAACAAAUUUCUAUGACAUGCAAAUGACGGAGUAUUUAUUGCUGUGAUUUUUAUUAAUAUUAUUCUGGUGCUUUCACACAUUUUUAAUAAUGGUCACUAAACAGUGUCCAAAUUGUCAGCAGCACGUACCUGUAGCUUGUAAAGCAUGUCCUUGUGGGCAUGUAUUUUUCGUAGCUAGACGUGCUGUCAGUAUUCAUAAAACUGGUCGGACAGAUGAUGGAGAGGUAAAAAGAAGACGAACAGAACGUACUAAAAGAGAAAGACCAGAUUAUUUCAAUUCUUUACAGAUUGAUAAUGAGCUUAAAAAAAUGAGAAGUCAGCAGAAAACUCGUAAGAAAGUCGAUACUUCUAUUGGGAAUGAAAAAGAUGGCGAGGGAUCAAAUAGUGAAGAAGGAAGCGAAGCUACAAAUCAAGCUCGAUCAUCUUUGAGUACAAAACACAAAAAAAGAGGCCGACCUAAGAAAAACUUUCAGCAAGAUAAAGCAGAUGCAAAAGCAGAAAAAGAGGAAGAAAUAGACAUGUUUGCAAAUCUUUCCAAAGAGAAAGAAGAACAAUUCAGCAUUAUAUUAUCGGAAAUAAACCGAAAAUUGUUACAACAACAAUUUAGAAUAGAUUGAUGUGUUUUUAAAUGGCAUAAUUCGUGACUAUCUUUUAUAAAAAUUCUUUGGGAAAAGAACAAAAUUGUUCUAUAUGCAAGAUGUAUUAUAUAAUGUUUUCUUUUAUUGAAAAAUUCAGCUCUGCUAUUUUCUUUGAUGAGAGGCAGCUAACUAUGGUGAAAAGGUUAAUAAAUUUAUCAUAAUUGAAAAUAUCUUCUGAUUAAAGUUACUUAUUUAUAAUGAUAUAUUUAGAUUUUAAAAAAAUCUAAUUUAAUGAAAUGGAUAGUCUUUUUAGCUUGUGAAAUUAUCUGUUCAGAUAUUAAAAAACUGUAUUAAAAGCAACUUGAAUAAUGGUUGCAGUUAAUAACUAAUUUCUUCUAUUUAACAAUUUUAAUUAUUUUUACAUUAAUGGAAAGAAUUUUAUUCUAAAAUAUUUUCCUUCAAAUAUUAUUAUUCAUCAAUCUUAUUGCAUAUCUGUCAUAAUUGCAUUUGCAGUAACUUAUUGUGACAUAAUAUUAAAGGUAACAUCUUCAAAAUAUUGUUAUUAGAUUAUUACCCCCCCCCCCUCUCUCACUUAAAUAGGUUGAGCAUUCUAUAACUUUAACAUUCUAUUGUCAUAUAAAGUAGACUAAUUAUCCUAUUGUAAUUAUUUUUCAUCUCUAAAUAUAUAAAGAUUUAUUUUUGAUAUUAAAUUAAAUGAGUUUUUAUAAAUAAUAUUUUGUAAUCCAAUAGUCCAACUUAAAUCCAGAAUAAUAUGCAUGGAAUUUUCUGUAUUUUGAUUAUUUUUAAAUUUUUUUACUGUGUUUCAAAGGAAAAAGGAAGUUGGCUAAAAAGUAUUAGGAAUAUAUGAAAAGGAAACAAUGUUUAUUUUAUUACACAUUUAAAUGAACAGUGUAUUUUUCUUGCUGUAGUUUUAUUACAUAUUUUGGCCAUUUUGAUUUAUUUUUGUAGCAUUUAUUGUUAUCAUAACAAAAAAAAAACAUUUUCUUAUUGAAUUAACUUAAUGCUAUUAAUCAUACUGUGAUGGUUUGAAGAAAACUAUAAGCAGCUACAUCAUUGACAAAUGAUCUUAUUCAUGAUUUUUUAUACAUUUUUUACUAAAGAGCUCCAGAAAAUUAAACAAUUUUUGUUUUAAAUAUAAAUUAUACAUAAUAUUCAAUAUAUACAUUUGAAUCUAAAUUCUAUUUAAAAAUGCCAGUUACUUUUUCAUUUAUUAGAUUGUACUCAGAAUUAUUUUGCUUGUGUAAUAAUAUAUCACAUAGCUUUCCUAUAUUAUAAUAUUUUAAAUGAAUUCAGUGUAGCCUUUUACAGACAAACAUUUAUGUUAGAAUAAUAAGUUUACUUAUUUAUGAUAAAUAUCAACAAAAGGAAUUUGAAUCAAAUAUAAUUAUUUUCAUUACGUUUUUUUUUUUUUUCUCCCUGAAAUAUACUUUUUUAAAAAUUUGUUUAUUAUAUGAAAUAAAGAUUAUAAAUUUUAAGCCAUAUAAUUGCAAUCAAAUGCCUUAUAUCAAGAUAAAUCACAUUUUUGUGUAUAUAUAUAUCAGGACAUUCUUUUUUUCUAUUCAAGUUACAUCUUUUUAAAAUAUAAAUUUUCAUCCAAAAUAUUUAAUUAAAGAUAAAUUUUAUUUUGA